AUGCCGACUUUCCCCCUCCAUUUCUGGCCGAUGAGUUUGCUUCCGAGGACGAAUGAGCACGAGACGAUCACGGCUCGACCGAGGCCGCUCACGAAUAGGAGCCCAGCGUAUAUCCACACGUUCACGGAAAACACGGUUAGGCACCCAAAAACCGACAUGAUGAGGCACGAUAGGGCCAACAUGUUCUUCUGGCCGAGGCUGGAGUCGGCCAACAUGGAGGGGGCUGGGCAGUUGAUCAGGCAGCUAAGGAAGAAGGACAAGGCGGGCAGGCCAUGGACGAUCGGGCUCGCGCACUGGAGGGCCCAUUGGGACACCGUGGACGAGUGCACAGGAGAAUUCCAAGACCACGAGCCCUCCGGCAGCCGGCACAUGUCAGAGCACGCGACGAGGGAUUGA